UGUAAGUUACCGCCUGCCUCCAGACCUGAGAGCUCACACACCUGUUCUCCCUCUCCAUCCCUCAUUCACGCUCCCUCCUUUCCUCCCUCCCUUCCUCCGUCUCGCACAUGAAUUCAUCCACUCUCUGCCUCGUUUAUCCGUAACUUGUUGACUCUUUUGAUCCGGUGUAUCGGAUAACACUCAGCCUUUUCGCUGUAGCGAGCGACAUCGCCAAAGCAAACCCGGUCAAGGAUUGAAAAUCUGCAGGAAACAAGGUAAGCCGGAGCUCUCCAAAGCUCAGACACCUUACAAUUUGUCCAUGAGUCCUUAAACAAUAGAGCCAUCUGUCUGUCUGAAGAAGCAUCAUGGAGGAUUCAACAGAGGUGUGGACCGACGGCAACUCCCUCCUGAAGGCCGUAUACCUUUGCCGUUUGCGGCUGACACGGCUGCUCCUGGAAGGCGGGGCUUAUAUUAACGAGAGCAAUGAGCGUGGAGAGACACCGCUCAUGAUCGCCUGCAAGACUCACCAUACGGAUGCUCAGAGUGUUCCGAAACACAAGAUAGUCAGGUAUCUGCUUGAGAAUGGUGCCGACCCAAAUAUCCAGGACAAAUCGGGUAAGACAGCUCUAAUGCACGCCUGUGUGGAGCGAGCCGGGGAGGAGAUUUUGUCCCAGCUCCUGUCCAGUGGUGCAGACCUGAGUUUAGAGGACCACUCGGGUACCUCCGCAUUGGUGUAUGCGGUAAAUGCCGGUGACAAGGAAGCUCUGCGAGUGUUACUAGAUGCCUGUAAGGCCAAAGGCAAAGAGGUCAUCAUAAUUACUACAGAUAAACUCCCCUCCGGCCGACAAAUGACCAAACAGUAUCUGAAUGUCCCUCCACUGCCAGAUUUGGAGGAUCGGUUGCAUUGUGUCCCUAGCAUGUGCAUGUCGCCUUCUGAAAUUAAACUCUCCCCUUCUUAUGUCAUGAGCAAGUCACAAAAUGCCCUUUUACACCUGGCAGAAAACCAAGCAUUGGGUUCUACCCCUGCAACUGCUUCUAAUUCAAGGGCAGGGUCACCUACAAGGGACCCGAGUCCACUGAGAGCAGCCAGCAUAGCCAAACUUCUUCACCUUCAAAGGCUACACUCUGAGCCAUUUCUUAAGAUCCCACCAUCUCUGUUGCUGCAGCAGAGCAAGGCCUCUUCCUUUACAGAGGAACUCCUAGACAUCACCCCAGAAGAAGAGCUCUCUUUUGGCUUUAACGGCCAGCGUCGUUUGUCUCAACGGGCACCGCCAGUUGCACGGCAUCAAAGCAUGGAUUCCACUGGUCUGCUUAGAGCAUUUGACAAAACAACUGAAUCUGAGAAAGAACCAAAAAAGGAGAUGAAGUGGCUGAGCAGGAAAAUGUCUUAUGAUGGCGUUUCACUGCCACAUUCCGCCUCACACCAGAACCUGCUCAAAGAAGCUGCAGGCAGCGAAACCAUUCCUAUGGAUAAAGACCAGGACUGCUUGCCCAACCUAGCUGUGUCCAGCCUGCAGGAUGUGGUGCGCCGACGCAACAUCGGGAUGGACCACUACAGCUCAGAUUCCCAACUUCCUCAGUUUCAGAGUAAGCACUCUGAAGAGGUGGGCAAAGCCAGCACACUGGGGGGAGGAGGGGGGGCAGAAAAGCGUAAGCUGGUUUACAGCCGAUCCUCCACCCUGUCUGGCUCGAGGGAGUCUCUGGAAAGCAUAGUCCACAGGAGAAGCCCAGCGAUGAUGGAGCGCAGAGGAUCUGGGGCUCUUUUGCUGGAUCAUAUUGCACAGACGCGCCCGGGCUACCUGCCGCCACUAAACCCACAUGCGCCCAUUCCAGAUAUAAAAGUUAUCACCAACACGAGCGCUGAUCGGGGAACCAAACCUGGUCCUGCCUCUGCAGUCGGAACAAUAAACAAACCUGUUGCUCCCGCUCAAAGGCAAUUUGUCCCCUGUGCCCCGAGCCUUCCCCGAGACCAGAAGACCAAAAAGACUCUGCUGAGAAGACACUCGAUGCAAACGGAGCAGAUUAAACGGCUGGCCAACUUUGGGGAAAUUUACGGACAAUGAAGUGCACUAAUGUACGAUAUUGUAUCAAGUCACAUAAAGGAAAUAGUGUGUCGAUAUUUCUUCAGAUUUGUCAGACAUUGGACAAAAUCGUUUUUCUGUGUUCUCUGUUAAACAUCAUAUAGGAGGAAAAGA